UUCAAGUUCAUUAUAUAUCUGGGGUUCUAUGAUUAUCCUGGGCUCUUGCAGCAAGAAGCAUUGAAUUAAGUCAUGGUGGUCGUUAUGGUUCUGCAGGCUGAAGCUGAAUUUACGUCCAGUAGUGCACCCAAUAAUGCCAGUCUAGAAGAAUGGAAAUCACCAGUUCCUUAUCUCCUUGGUGGAAUUGGUGCUAUGAUUGGUCUGAUUGCUUUGGCUUUGUUGAUUCUCGCUUGUUCAUAUUUUAAAUCUCCUGGUCAUGGACAAGGAGGUGCUAAUCAAGUUUUGUGUAGGGAUGAGAUUCAUGCAUCUGGUGAUUAUGGGGAGGAAAAGGUUAUGGUGAUAAUGGCCGGGGAAGAGAAGCCAACUUUUCUUGCUAAACCUGUAAUGGUGGAAGUUCCAACCUGAUAUAUUCAACCAGAUAUUCAACUACUGUAAAAUAACACGGAUGGUGCUUGAUCAUCCUUAUGAGUGGUUUUUGUAAUGUUGUGUGUUUAUUAUGGUUAUGGAUCUAAUACACAAGGGUUUUGUUUACGUUGAAUUUUUGUAAAUUUCAGAAGGUUUCUGCCAAUUUUUAGAUGCAGCUGUGAACAAGUGGAGGCAAGAUCCAUGGAGACUCAUAUGAUCUGUAAAUUUGUCGCUAAUGGAAGGUUUAUUGAGAAUCUGUCUACAUACAUACUACCAUGAAUUAAGGUAAAGCAUCCUCCGUAUACUCCAUGAUGUAUGGCAAAGCUGUAUAUCUCAUCAUUAAAACUACCUACCCUAUGUUUGGUGUUUUACAGCUGCCCAAUCUAACAAAUUGUGCCUCUUGAACAACUGUAUUAUAUUAUUCUAUACCAAACUACUGCAUGUCCUCUGUUUU